AUGUCGUACAAACCAGCGAAUACCGAUCCAUUUUCAGAUCCAGCUAAAGAUCCUUUCUCCCAACCCAACGAAUCAUCAGUCUCCAUCGGUGCUGAAGGCGGAUCUACGACUAAUGCAUAUGGUGACUACGGAGGGUACGGGGGAAGGAGCCAACCUGACCCUAGAGCUGAAGAGUUGAGUAGAAGAGAAGCUGAACUAGCUCGAAGAGAGCAAGAAUUAGCUAGGAGAGAACAAGAAACAGCUUCAUAUAGGAAUAACUGGCCUCCUUUCUAUCCAUUCGUACACUACGAUCCCGAUGUCAUCGAGGAUGGAUCAAAGAGACAGACCAUACGAUUAAUCGGAUAUCAAUGGUAUGCUCUCGCAGCUACAUUGCUCAUCAACAUGCUAGGGUGUAUCUUCUUGUUACUCGCUGGUGCGUCGGAGGGAGGUGCCGAUAUGGCAAGUUCAAUCAGUUACGUAGUAGUAAUUACUAUCGCUUCUUUCAUCUUAUGGUUUAGACCUAUCUAUCUCGGUUAUUGCAGAACAGAAGGAAAGACAAUGGCCAUCUUCUUUUACAUCUACUUCUUAUUUGGUGGUUUCCACCUGUUGUAUUCCGUUUACAUGCUUGUUGGCAUUCCAUCUACCGGGUCUGCUGGACUAAUCAACACCAUCGGAAUGUUCACACAAGGACAUAUCUUAGCCGCUGUGUUCGGAACUAUUGCGACUGUAGGAUGGGCAUUCCAAGUGUUAGGUGGCGGUUUCCUCUACAAACGUAUCUGGGACUUUAAGAAUGGCAAUGGUGAUAUCAGUAUGGAGAAUGCUACUAGUCAAUUGAAAGCUAGUUCAAUCAAAACUAUCGUAUUGCACCAAAGUAGAAUGUAA